CGCAUCGUUAAUGUCCAUGUUUUUUUGUAUUAUUUAAAGAUAAGUGUUUUAUGUCCAGGCUUUUAACACAGCUGGAGACACAUCUGGUGGACUAAAGGAACCCGACACGUCGUUAUGCUUUUGGCUCUAUUUAAAAUGGCCGACUAAAGAGGGUUUUUAUAUUAUUUUAUUUUUGCGCUGUAGCCUCUAUCCAUAUAAAUCUAUAGAAAUCUGUACACGUUUAUAUACAUAUAUUUUAUGAUUGUACAUUAAAUCCACCCCUCCACACCCCCCUGAUGCCGUAAGGUGGGGAAUUUACACUGUGGGCAGCGCGCGCGCACCGGGAAGAUGGCGGCUUAUUAAACUUUAAUGUUUAUGCGCUCGAGCCCAAAGAGGAGAGAAGAAGGAAUAAAGACAAGAGGAGGAGGAGGAGGAGGAAGAGGAUAAUGGACAACGCAUGCUAAGGUCGAGAGAGGAAGGAUACAGGAGAAAGCUUGUAUAAACUGAGAGGGAAUCCGAGUCGCUAAGCCCGCCUACUCCUCCUGGCCCCGCCCUUUUCCCCCAACCAGUACCAUGGCAGUGUCACUGUGGUUAUUGUGGAUGUGUGCCAUCUCACUGAGUACUAUCACCCCCUCGGAACAAGCUCUAAGCAGAGCAGCGAUGCCCUUCGGUCUGAUGAGGAGAGAGCUGGCAUGUGAAGGGUACCCUAUUGAGCUGCGCUGCCCAGGAAGUGAUGUCAUCAUGAUCGAGACGGCCAACUACGGCCGCACGGAUGACAAGAUUUGUGAUGCAGAUCCGUUUCAAAUGGAGAACGUGCAGUGUUACCAACCAGACGCCUUCAAGAUCAUGUCUCACAGGUGUAAUAACCGUACUCAGUGUGUAGUUGUUGCUGGAGCUGAUGUGUUUCCUGACCCCUGUCCUGGAACAUAUAAAUACCUGGAAAUCCAGUAUGAGUGUGUGCCAUACAAAGUGGACCAAAAAGUCUUCGUGUGUCCAGGUGCACUGAUUGGUGUUUUGGAGGCCAGUCUGGUGCGAGAGGCAGAGCACCAGUCAGGUGCAUGGUGUAAAGAUCCUCUGCAGGCUGCUGAUAGGUUGUAUGUGAUGCCGUGGACUCCGUACCGCACAGACACACUGUAUGAGUACGCGUCCUGGAACGACUAUCGUCAAAGCCGAGUCACCACGACGUAUAAGUUGCCGAGUCGAGUGGACGGCACCGGGUUCGUGGUGUAUGAUGGCGCUUUGUUCUACAAUAAAGAACGAACGAGGAACAUUGUUAAAUAUGACCUCCGGACCCGCAUCAAGAGUGGAGAGGCCAUCGUUACCAAUGCCAACUACCAUGACACGUCACCAUACCGCUGGGGAGGGAAGUCAGACAUUGACCUUGCUGUUGACGAACAUGGCCUGUGGGUUAUCUACGCCACAGAGGAGAACAACGGACGAAUAGUCCUCAGCCAGGUGAACCCAUACACACUGCGUUUUGAAGGCACAUGGCAGACAGGCUUUGAGAAGCGCAUGGCAUCAGACGCAUUCGUGGCUUGUGGGAUCCUGUACACUGUUCGCUCCGUCUACCAGGAUGAUGACAGUGAGGCUGGUGGGGAUUUUAUCCUAUACGCUUAUGACACACGGAGAGAAAGGGCUGAACCUGUAAGCAUUGCUUUUCCCAACCCGUACCAACACAUCUCCUCUAUCAGCUACAACCCUCGAGACAAUCAGCUGUAUGUGUGGAACAACUACAACGUGAUACGAUACCCCCUAGAGUUCAGACCCCCACAGCCCACUGCAGACCCUUUAUCCACACCACUCCUGUCCUCCACCACCGCACUCACGCCAGUCUCCUCAACAGUAUUUUUGGGCUUCAGUCCAAGCCCACCUAUCUCUGUGACAUUUAACCCAGCUGGUUCGAAAAACCGCAUCCGGCCAAUCACGGUCUCGGUGCCUGUGACGUUGCGCCCGCCGCGACCGCCUCAAGGCCGCACACCUAUGUGUGAGGAACGAGUGAGCCGUGGAGUGCAGUGGCCCAAAACACCUCAUGGAGAGUAUGUCCAGAGACCCUGUCCGAAAGGAUCGCUGGGUUUAGCCUCCUACCACUGUAUGGCUGAUGAGGUGGUGUGGAACCCAAGAGGUCCUGAUCUCAGUAAUUGUACAUCACCUUGGGUCAACCAGGUCGCUCAGAAGAUAAAGAGCGGAGAGAACGCAGCGCACAUCGCCGCCGUGCUCGUCAAUCACACACGGGGCCAGGUGUAUGCUGGUGAUGUCACUUCCUCUGUUCGCCUGAUGGAGCAGCUGCUGGAUAUUCUGGACUUCCAGCUGCAGGCAUUACGGCCUGCUAACAAAGACUCGGCUGCACGCAACUAUAACAAACUUCAGAAGAGAGAGAGAACCUGCAGAGCUUUUAUUCAGGCCAUGGUGCAGACGGCAGAUAAUCUUUUGAGCUUGAAGGCUUUGGACUCGUGGCAGGACAUGAACAUGACAGAUCAGUCUCACACGGCCACCAUGCUGCUGGACGUGAUGGAGAAAGGCUCCUUCCUGCUGGCCAACAACCUCUACGAGGGGCGAUUCAGCGAGCGUGCACCUAAUAUCGAUCUGGAGGUUUAUGUCCUCAACGCUGAUACAGAGAUCGGAGAUCUGCACUUCCCACACUCCUACGACAGUGACAGCACCAUCCAUCUCUCUGCAGCUACCAUAAAACAGUACAGCCGUAACGGUCAGGUCAAGGUGGUGUUUGCUCUUUAUAAGAACCUCGGCCCGUUCAUGUCCACACAAAACGCAACAGUGAAGACGGAGAUGGAGCUAAAGUCAGGAGGUCGGACUCUGGCCGUCAAUUCCCACGUAAUCUCCGCCUCCAUGAAUAAAGAAUCCAGCCGUGUGUUUUUGACUGAACCUGUUAACUUCACACUGAGACACCUACAGCUAGAGAAUCACUUUGGGCCGAACUGUUCGUUCUGGAACUACUCGGAGCGCUCGAUGACGGGUCAGUGGUCUUCUCAGGGCUGCAGACUGGUGUACAGUAACAACACACACACCACCUGCUCCUGCUCACAUCUCACCAACUUCGCUCUGCUCAUGAGCCGACAGACAGCCACUUACACGGACGGUGUGCAGGCCCUGAUCCUGUUUGUCGUAUCCUGGGUUGGCAUGGUGAUUUCACUAGUGUGUUUGGCUCUGUGUAUCUCCACUUUCUGCUGCAUAAAGGCUGUGCAAAGCGAACGCACCACCAUCCACAAGAACCUGUGCCUCACACUCUUCAUCUCACAACUCCUCUUCCUCAUCAGCAUGGAAAGGACCCAUUACACCGUGGCAUGCCCGGUGCUUGCUGCUCUGCUGCACUUCUUCUUGCUCUCCGUAUUUUGUUGGUUGUGUGUCGAAGCCGUUCAGCUCUACGUGUUACUGGUCGAGGUGUUUGAGAGUCCGUCCUCACGCAGGAAGUACUACUACAUCGCUGCCUAUGGCUUUCCUAUGUUGGUAGUAGCCAUUUCUGCCUCGAUUGACUAUACUGGGUACUCCAGCCCCACCAGCUGCUGGCUGCGUGUGGAUAACUACUUCAUCUGGCUGUUUAUUGGCCCGGUGUCUCUUGUUAUCCUGCUGAAUCUGGUAAUCCUUAUGGUCACGGUGCACAGGAUGAUCCGCCAUUCAAACCUGCUCAAGCCUGAUUCCAGCCGCUUCGACAACAUCAAGUGUUGGACGGUGUGUUCCGUCACUCUGCUCUUGUUGGUGACACUAACGUGGAUCUUUGGCCUCCUAUUUAUCAGUGAAAACAGCGCACUCAUGGCCUACCUAUUCACCUCCUUUAAUGCUCUGCAUGGUCUGUUUAUCUUCAUCUUUCACUGCGCACUGCAGAAGAAGGUACAUUGUGUUCAGAAGGAGUACGCUAAAUGUUUCCGUCAGUCAUCCUGCUGUGGUCACGCUGCGUCUGGUGGUCCUCACGGGUCCCUAAAGAGCUCAGCGCACCGUGGAAACAACCGAUACUACAGCGGAGGCCAAUCCAGACACAAUCAAGUGCACAGACAGAGUCGUAUCCGGAGGAUGUGGAAUGACACAGUACGCAGGCAGACUGAGUCUUCCUUUAUGGCUGACCUCAACAACACACCCACCCUCAACAGAGGAACUAAUCAUCUUCUGGCCAAUCCAGUGUUGCAGACUCGCUCUGGUUCCUCACCUUAUAACACACUGUUGGCUGAAACAUUUAACCCUCCCUCACCCGCCGUCUUCAACUCCACCGGAACCUUCAGAAAUUCAAAGGGCACUCUGUCCCGGAGUCGUGAAUCUUGUGGUCUGGAGCCUGUUCGUCUGAACGGGAACUACAAUAACAGCUACUCGGUGCACGGUGGAAGUUCCGACCUCCUUGGCAGCGUCGCGGUGGGAGACGUCAGCCCUGCCCUUUUGACCCCAAGAGGCGCAGAGCCUCCAGGAGGUAUGAGGAGGAACCUGUCAGAUGCAGCGGCGCUGGAGAAGAUGAUCAUCUCGGAGCUGGUGCAGAGCAAUCUUCGUCCUGCUGCUGAUCGCUACAGCAACAACCCGGAUACAGAGGCGGAGCCACGGGAGUAUGUAAGCGCAGGGAUGGGUCACAGGGAGCCACCCCAACGUCCUCUGCCCCGCCCACCACCACCACCUCCACAGGAUGAGGAAGAACCACUUUACAAAGCUUUGGAGAAGCCACACCUUCCUGAAAAACCACGUGUUCCUGAUAAACCCCAUGUACCGGAGAAGCCACGCCUCUUGGAGCACACACAGUCAGUGUUCUAUCAGAGUGAGGAGGAUUCAGAAAGCUUUUCGGCUGAAAUCACAGACAGCGUGGCUGGAGUCGGCCCUGACUCCUCCUCCCUGUAUGCAAGAGACAGAGACUCAUCCUAUCCUGACAGCAGCCCUGAGGGUUUGGGAACUGAACCUCGUUCAGCCCUGCCCCCUGACGAAUUAUACUUCAGCACAGGGAGACACGCCCACGUCUCUGCCUUCUACCAGCCCCCAUCACGCCGGACCAACGAGGAGGGUCGGCUGGGGCUAGACUCCUCCCAUGGAGAAGGUGAUGGACAGAUGCAGCUGGUGACGAGCCUGUGACUAGGGCGCUGGUGACCAGGACAUGGAGAUCUAAGGGAGGAAGAAGGAGGAGUGACAUUAUCAUCAUUAUCAUCCAUCACUGUAGCACAGUACUACAGCACCCUAGUGUUUAGCUUAAAGGCUGUUAUGUAAGACGAGUGAGACGUAGUCUAACUGCAAAACUGGAUGUUUUUAACCAAAGUCAGUUCCAGUUCCACAUCUCGAGCCAGGUUUGAUCUUAAGCUUCGUGUCUGAGUGACGGUUUAGCGUUUUGUCCAUGCUUGUCCAUCAGUUUACUCUAACCUUCAUCACAUACACGGUCAUUAGUGGUAUAACGUCAUUAGUGCUGCUAUGUGAUGGAAUGGUACACACCAUACAGGGGUUAGGACUGAUGGCACUCAGGAUUACUACCACUCUAAAGUAAUGAAUGAACAUUAAUGGGCGCUCCUUUGUCCACUGAGAUGAUGUUUCAACUUUUUGCAUUCCAGAAGUUAGUGGGAAUGAAAUGGGAAGUGGUGCAGAGGAAAACCUGAGUACUGAUAUUACACAAGCACAGUUAUGUUCUCUAGCUAAUCCAGUUCAUGGUUAAAAACAUAACUGAUUAUUUGCACAAUUAUGAACUGAGAUGGCAGGUGGUUUGUGGUAUAAUAAAUAGGGACACCCUGAAAAAGCACAUGUACCAAAAACCUGGUGGUGAUGAUGAUGAUGAUGAUGAUGAUGAUGAUGAUGAUGAUGAUGAGAAGGCAAAGAAAACAAUAAAGAAGAAGAUUAUGAUGGCUUCCUCCUCUGAGUCUCUAUCUCCUGGUCACCCCCACACCCACCCUGCUCAUCUUCACUGCCAUUCAUCAACUCUCUCUUUUAGUCUCUCUCUAUAUUGUAUAUUUGUCCUUCAGAUAUAUCAUCUGUCUGUCACUUCACAUAUUUCUGUCUCAUUCUCUCUCUCAGCCUUCCUGUAUCCUCUCUCUCUCUCUCUCUCUCUCUCUCUCUCUCUCUCUCUCUCUCUCUCUCUCAGGGUGGAGUGUUGGAUUGCGUCCUGGUUCUUAUUUAAUGUAUUGUUCGUUGGUUCCCUUUCCUUCUGCCCCUUAUAGAAGAAUGUGACACUUUCUCCAGAGACAACAGAACAAAAACUUUUGACAUUGCCAAAAAAAUCCUUUUUAAAGGGAGCACACACACACACACACACACACACACACACACACACACACACACACACACACACACACCGAACUCCUUUCUUGAAAUCACAGUGUUCACACUGAAAGGCCUUCCCCGGCGGUCAGGGGUCAAAUGUUAGUUAUGGACCCAACGUUGGACUGUUUGGUUCAUUUUGCUGCAACCUGGUUGGACCUUUGGCACCGUGGACCUCGGACAUGUCCCAGGGGCCUCGCCCAAUCAGCUUCUUUGGUUCAGAGACUAGCUCACAGCUCCGCCUCUUUUUCUAGGCCCAUCCAGGAGGCACGAGCAGUCUAUUGUCAUGUAUCUGGUGUAAAUAGCAGUAAGAGAAUGAACGUUUCAGAACCUGCUUCUUGUAAUAUCUACAAAUGUUACAAACAAAACGGAAACAAAACCACGUAAAAGGAUGUGUAGAAGACCUGAAUGAUACUCUAUAUCUUUCACUAAUCUCUCCCUCUGUCGUUCUCUCCUUCUCCUCCUCUUUCUUCUGUCUCCUGUCUUUCCUCCACCUUUGCUCUUCCUCUUUGAGAGAGUGACAGAAGGACUGGAUUUUGAUCAAGAG